AUGAGCUAUGAUUCGGAGUGUCAUUCACCACGACCAUUUAUUGAUAAUUUUAAGUCAAUCCAAUCGCCCCGAAUCUUGUCUUGCUAUAAUAGUCCACGCGUUAUACCUUGCAGUAAAGAUGCUGUGCAAAAGUUUGAACGAUCUAACAGUUCACCGUAUCCUAUGAUCGAUAAAACAUGUCCGCCAAAUUUAACAACAGUUGUGUCACAAAGACUGCCUUCAAGCGACUUAGAAUUGAGUUUUUUGGACACUACGAACGAACGUCAUGAACCACGCACUGGACCUCAAAGAACUAUUCAGUCACAUGUUGGACUUGGUUAUAACUCCAAUGCAGCAGAAAAUUUCAUGAAAAAAGAUACAAACUCCUUAUCUGACCCGCCAAAUACACUUAAUAAAAAUGACGACUUCUUCCUAAGAAGAGAAAACUUAGGUAAAUUUAACCAUAUACAACCACUGUAUGAACAGUUAAACAAACUGUCAUUAGAAAAAGAAAAUAAUCCAUUAGUAAAAAAGACAGAAAUAAUGAAAUUGGGUGGGUCGAAUCAGAGUGGGAAGAUUUAUCAUCAGACUACAACUCCAAAUUGUAACACUUAUGAAAACAAAGAUUAUUGUAGUUGCCACCACUGUGUAAAAACUAGAACACCAUACCAACCUUACAUCCAAUAUCAAGAAAAGGAAAAUGUACCAUAUAAGAAGUGUCCAUGCAUACCAGAUCCAAGAGUUUGUCCCCAUUCAUAUAACCCACACCAUUUUAUACCUCCACAAACUUGUAGCUGUCAAUCAGAGCCAGUACAGCCAUCAAAUGCUGUUGACAAAAAAAGUUGGAUGCUAGAGAAAUAUGAGCAAAGUAAAAAGAUACAAUGCUCAGAGGUACAACCACAAAGUGCUGUCAAAGAAAAGAGGGAACCAACAGUAUCCGACUUGUUUAAAAUAAUAAAAUUACAAAAUGAACAAUUACAGUUACUUCAAGAAAAAGUUGACAAGUUCAUAGCUACAAGUAGUUGUAAGGAAAAUUCAAAUCCAUCUAUAGAGGACUAUAUAACUGAAAAAGUUAAUGUACAGUCUGAUAAUCAGCACAAAAUAUCCAUUGGUGUAAUGACAAGCUUUGAAGUGGUCCGCACAUCAACAAUUAUCAAUAAAGAAGUAAUUAAACAAAACGAAGCCCAAAUUCAAUGCAAUAGAUCACAAAUAAGCAUUAAAGAAGUGGUCUCAUCUCAGCCUGUAAAUAUAAAUUUUUUAGAAGGAAUAAGAAAGACAAAUGAUGUUAAUACAUCGGUGCACAAUUCAAUACAUGACAUUAAAGAUAUGACAAAAACUACUGCUUUUGAAGAUAAAACAUUUAAUGAUUUGAGCUUGUACAAUGUGCAUGUUGAUAAUGAGACAACCCCACAGAUGUCUCCCGAACAAAGCAUGUAUUUAGAUGUUAAGGAUUAUAGCGAAUCUGAUUCAGAAAGCGAUGAUCCAGCUAGUGUAGGCUGGACAUAUUAUAAUAAAGUAAUGAACAGAGUCAAUGGCAUGCUCCAGGACUCAGAUAUGCCGUCUUCAGCGAGUGCCCUAUUCAGAAACACAAGACAAAAAUGUUUGAUGCAAAUUGACAAGACCAAUGUUAGUGUGACAAAAAGAGUGACUUUUGGAGAAACUCCAGUUGAAAUUCAAAAGCCAGUUUUAAGUGCGCCCUCUACAGACACAAGCCUGAAAAUGAAUCAGUUAGCUGCAAAGUAUUUGCCAAUUAGUCAGCAAGUGUUACAGGGGCCUAUAAAGUCACCCACUGUAGGAACCAACAUGUCGAUAGCCACCAGGAAUUAUAUGGAAAAGCAUAGAAUUAUACAGGGGACCACCAAUCCAAUACCACAACCGUCAAGACCUCAUCAAGAAAUACCUAAGUUCCUGGACAUAACAGUAUUAAAGCAGCAACCUAAGUUACUCUAA